AUGAGUCCCGCGAAUAUGGCAUUAUGGGUGCGCGACACCGCCAGCGACCUCUCGUCGGUUCCAUCUACCUUCUCGAGCUGGGAUAAAUGUAUGGCCAAGUCAUACUGCAAAUGGCCCGUUAUCGUCGGUAUCAUCAUCGGCUCCGUUAUUGUCAUUGGUAUCCUAGGGUGUAUCAUCAAUUGCCUGUGCUGCGGCUACCAAUGCUGCAAAUGCUGCUGCGGCUGCUGCUGCCCCUCCGGACGGCGCCAAAACAAGCAACCCAAGCACUACGAUGAACCCACUUCUUACCAACCUCCCCCUCCGGGCCCGAAUCCCGUAUACCAACCUCCCGCACCCCCUGUAUACCGCGGAGCCGUGCAAACAGCUACAUUCGACGCGCCAAAGCCCCCAGCCGCAAAGGUCGACGAGGAUGCGCUCCCCGCAAUGCCCACCUGGGCUGCCGCCGUCGAUAAGCGGGUCGAGGAGCCCGCUCACCACGAUGACGUGGAGAUGGAGCCGUUGCACCCGCAAAACCACCCACUCGACAGGAAACAGGGUGCCGGUACGCCAUUGCACGUCGCCACAGCAUUCUCGGACUACCCGCCGGACCGCACCGGCUCUGCCCCCGGCUACAGAGGCUUCACCCCAACCGACCCGUACGCCCGCCGCUCCCCGGGCCCAGCGGCAGCGCUCGCUGCAACCCAGGACCCCUACGGCCGUCGCUCGCCAGGCAUGGCCACCCCCGGGCGCUCUCCCGGGCCCCAAGCCACGAUGGACCCCUAUGGUCGACGCUCCCCCGGCCCAGCCGCCGCCUACGGCGCCGCACACGACCCCUACGCCCGCCGCUCUCCCGGCUUGACCUCACCCGUCGGCGCACCCGUGUCCGCAGGCUCGCCGUACGACCAGCAGGGCUACCACACGACAGGCUACGACCAGCACCAGCCCUACGACGACGACUACAGCCAUGGACACAGCCCCGGCCCCGGCCCCGGCCCCGCCGCCGCCGGCCCGGGCUACCACGCCGUAAACUCGCCCUCCCCCGUCGCCGCCUACCAGCCGCAUACAAACUACAGCCCCGUGCCCAUGGCCUUCUCACCCUCCUCCGAGCCCGCGCACGUUGCCCCGGGCCCGGCCGGCUUCCAGCGCCAGCCCUCGUUCGGCUCCAGCCAGUACCCGCCAACUUAUACCUCGCACCCGGCGUCGCCUCCGCCGCCGUUCCAGUCUGCCGCGCCAUCCGAGUAUGGCGCGCAUGAGUAUGGUGCGCAUGAGUAUGGCGUGGCCGUGGGUGAGCCUGUGCGUGAUCGGCCGCCGAGCCUGUUGCAGAGUGGCCGGAAGCCGGCGCCGAACACUUUCCGGCUUGUUUGA